CGAGGUCAUUCGAGUCGCAGCGGGAGCUGAAAAAGUUUUAGCCGCAGGCUAAAGGUAAAAUGUAGAGUAGCCACAAUUUGGCUAUUCUCACAAACAACACCCCGGAGCCAACAAUGGCAAACUGCCGAAAACCUAGGCCAACUGAGUUCUGAACUCCGAUCUUAUAGGCUACGUCGCAAAGGCGUGUCAGUCGCAGUUAGGCUGUGCCAUAUAACAUUUGAUUGAAGGCUACUGAAAUUAUCGCAGAUCCCUUAUAACGAGAUCCUGCUCAUCUUAUAACAGGGAGAAGUAGAAUUUUACAGGGAGAAUAUGCAGCAUUUCGGAGGAACAACGCUUGUAUUUCUCGCAGUUUUUGCGAUGUUACCCAAAACAGACUGUAUUGAGAGAACAUUCUACAUAGGGAUACAUGAAGAGACCUGGGAUUAUGCGCCCAGCGGCAAAAACCGCAUCAACGGCAAGCCUGUGUCAGCGGACGAGCAAGCCUCUGUAUUUCUGAUGAGAGGACCACGUCGGAUUGGGCGCAUGUACAAGAAAGCCAUUUACACAGAGUACACUGAUUCAUCGUACACCCAACGGCUCCCGAAACCCGACUGGCUUGGAUACUUGGGUCCGGUUCUAAAAGGGGAAGUCGGUGAUGUUCUCAUGAUACAUCUGAUGAACUUUGCCUCUCGAUCCUACUCCAUACACCCGCAUGGUGUAUUUUAUGAGAAAGACUCAGAAGGAGCUCUGUACCCAGACGAGACAUCUGGCAGUCUGAAACGGGACGACGCUGUGCCUCCAGGAGGCAGGCACACGUAUCGCUGGGUGGUGACGCCCGACUAUGCCCCCAUGGAUGGAGAUGCCAACUGCCUGACCUGGGUGUACCACUCUCACGUGGACGCCCCACGAGACAUUAACUCGGGACUGAUUGGCACCAUCCUCACCUGCAGGACGGGUACCCUUCAGCAGGUUGAGGGACUGAACCGCACAGAGCUGAGGAGAACAGAUGUGGACCAGGACUUCGUCCUCUUGUUCAGCGUUGUCGACGAGAACCUCAGCUGGUACCGGGAAGACAAUAUCCAGACGUUCUGCUCCGACUCGGCUGGGGUGAACCCGGAGGACGUGGAUUUCCAAGAGUCCAAUUUAAUGCAUGGCAUAAAUGGGUACUUGUAUGGCAACCUGCCUGGCAUCGACCUCUGCCUGAACAGCACGGUGUCCUGGCACCUGUUUGGCAUGGGCAACGAGGUGGACAUGCACUCCGUCUACUUCCAUGGGCACACGGUGGUGGAGCGCGGGCAUCGGACCGAUGUCCUCAGCCUGUUCCCAGCCUCCUUCAUCACGGCAGAAAUGGUGCCCACCACCACAGGUACCUGGCUCCUUAACUGCCAGGUCAACGACCAUCUGCAGGCUGGAAUGCAGGCCCUCUUCCAGGUCAGCUCAUGUGGGAACAAGACUAACUCUGAAAGUCCUGUGGUGGGUCAAGUGAGGCGGUAUUUUAUCGCUGCUGAGAAGGUCACGUGGAACUAUGCCCCCUCAGGAAUGGACAUUCCUCAAAACAUUUUACUCACAGAGAGUGGGAGGCAGUCUGAGGUUUUCUUUGGGAAAGGUGAGGGUCGGCUCGGCGGAGUGUAUCGCAAGGCUGUGUAUGUGGCGUACACUGAUGACACGUUCUCCGUAAAGAGGAAGCGGACAGAUGGUGAAGAACACCUCGGAAUUCUCGGACCGGUCAUUGCAGCUGAGGUCGGGGACGUCCUUGAGGUGACCUUCCUCAACCGGGCAGACAGGAACUUCAGUAUCCAGCCUCACGGUCUGCAGUAUGAGAAGACCUCCGAGGGAGCACAGUACCAGGAUGGCACAGUGAAACCAGGCUCUCAAGUACGUCCAGGUGAGCGCUUCACUUACAAGUGGCUGGCGAGAGAUGGCCCCUCCCCGAACGACCCCCCCUGCGUCUCCUACCUGUACUUCUCCAGCAGCGAUCCGGUCAGCGACACAAACUCUGGCCUCAUGGGCCCUCUGAAGGUGUGCAGGAGAGGGGCCCUGGAUGCCACCGCCACGCAGGCACAGAGUGGGGCAACUAGAGAGUUCUUCCUUCUCUUUACUGUCAUGGAUGAGAACCUAAGCUGGUACCUGGAGGACAACAUAAGAGCUUACGGGACGAUUGAAUCUGAUCCAGACAACGAGGACUUUCAGGAGAGCAAUAAAAUGCAUGGGGUGAACGGCUUCAUGUACGGGAACCUUCCUGGCCUGGACUUGUGUCAGGGGGACCGGGUGACGUGGCACCUCCUGGGGCUGGGUACAGAGGGGGAUAUGCACGGCGUCCACUUCCAGGGCAACACCUUCCAGCUAAUGGGCACCACAAGGGACACACUCAGUGUCUUUCCACACACCACCGCCACUGUGUCCAUGCAGCCAGAUAGCACAGGUGUGUUUGAGUUGAGCUGCAGGGUGACUGACCACUACGUGGGAGGCAUGAGGCAGCAGUACCAGGUGCGCUGGUGCGACAGACAGGUGAGCGGCGCUCUGACAGUCCCCACCCCGCUCCGCCCUGUGGUCCAGUAUUUCAUCAGCGCGGAGGAAGUGGAGUGGGAUUACGCCCCCGACCGCACCUGGGAGCUGCAGCUGCACAACACCACCAAUCCGGCCGACAGCCCUGCAAAUGUCUUUUUGGGAAGAGGAGAGAACCAGAUCGGCUCCAGGUACAAGAAGGUGGUGUACAGGGAGUACGCUGAUGCCACCUUCACAAGAGUCAAGCCGCGGCUACCUGAGGAGGAACACCUGGGGAUCUUAGGUCCUAUAAUCAGAGCGGAAGUAGGAGAACAGAUCUUGAUCACUUUUAAGAACCUGGCUAGCCGACCUUACAACAUAUAUGCCCAUGGGGUGGGCACUGUACAACAAACACCUGUCCAGCCAGGUGAGAGGAGAAAUAUCCAAUGGAAUGUUCUGAAAAGGUCUGGACCAGGAAAGUCUGAUCCCAACUGCAUCUCGUAUGCGUACUAUUCAAGUGUUGACUUUGUGAAGGACACAGUGAGUGGGUUGAUUGGGCCUCUGGUGAUCUGCAGGAGGGGAGUGCUGACCCCUGGCCGUCGCAAGAGGGAUGUUGCGCGCGAGUUCGCCCUCCUCUUCCUGGUGUUUGAUGAGAAUCAGUCCUGGUACCUGGAGGAAAACAUUCAGACGUAUCUGGGCAAGACAGAGGUCCCUGCUGACGAUGUCUUUGAGGAGAGCAACAUGAUGCAUGGGAUCAAUGGUAAACUGUACGGUAACCUGCGUGGCAUUUCCAUGGUGAAGGGGGAGAGGGUGCAGUGGUAUCUCAUGGGGAUGGGCAACGAGGUGGACAUCCACACCGUCCACUUCCAUGCAGAGACCUUCACUUACAAGAUGGCGCAGUCCCAUCGCGCUGAUGUGUAUGACCUGUUCCCGGGGACCUUCCAGGCCGUGGAGAUGGUAGCGGGGAACCCUGGCACUUGGCUCCUGCACUGCCAUGUAGCAGACCAUAUCCACGCUGGCAUGGAAACCACAUUCACAAUAAGAAAAAGCGCAGGAGGGAAUACAAACGAUGCUCCAGCUUUGAGGGAGAACUGGCGUCUCCUGACCUCCCUCUCAGUCUUCCUCAUGCUGUGGCUUCAUCUUUCUCUUUGGUGUUGAUGGAUCUUCCUCAUCAGUAGUAGUUUCAGACCGACCAUAAGUUUGUGCAUUUUCAUGAGCUGUAAUUCACAUUUGUAAGUGAACCUAGUAAGAAUGUAGGUAUGCUUUUUUUCUACUGUGUAUACAAAAAUGUGUAAGCUGUAAAAUGAGAUAUUGAACAGAAGUUGUCUAUAUUUAAAAUUAUAUUAAAAAAAUCAUGUGUGAGAUAAUUUAGCAAGAAUAUAUACAUAUUUUUAUAGUCUUCAAUCGAGAAUUAUGAUGUGUGCGCUUUAAAUUAAGUGUUAACGUUUUUUGUUAUUAUUUUGUGAUGAAUGCCCCUGGAUGCCUUAAGACUGUAAUGUUUCUGUCUACGAAUUAUCCAUUGCACUAUAAAAUGAGCCAUAGGUUGUUUGUAUGGAUAAA